AUGUCGCGCCUCCUCCCCCUCCGUCACACCCUCCCUCGCACCCUGCGCACCGCCCCGCGCAACCCAACACCCACCACAACCACACCAUCCCGCCUCGCCUCCUCCUUCCUCCAAACCGGCCCCUCCCCGCCACGCCUCCCCGCCGACCAGCAGGCCGAAUUCGAGCGCCUCCAGCGCGCCGCCGAAGCCGCCCUCUCGUCCCACACCACCAUCCCCUCCACCGCAGACGCAAACGCAAACGCAGACCCCAACACCCCGCUCACAACCUCGCGCCACGUCUCCACACCAUCCACCACUACACAGGCAACCGCAACCGCAACCGCUACAUCUACAUCGGCAGCGGGGGCGAUAGGGGGAGCGGGGGAGGGGGAGAUGGGUCCCAGCGCGGGGAGUUUCAGCGGGGGCAUGCGCAAGGGCGCGCCGCCCGAGUUUGUGGGCGACAAGAACCCGGCGACGGGCGAGGUGGGCGGGCCGAAGAAUGAGCCGUUGCGGUGGGGGGGCGGGGGGGAUUGGAGUUUUAAUGGGAGGGUGACGGACUUUUGA